UAAUUCCAAGUAUCACUUAAGCAAAACAAUGAUGGCUGGUGUUAGUGGCAGUAGCACUACUCCCUUAUUGUGCUCUUUGUUCUUUAUUUCUUCCUUACUUUUUGCUUCCUGCACCCAUGCCUCCUCCCAGGCACCUCCUCCAAUUGUGGAUGGACUUUCAUGGGAUUUCUAUAGGACGAGCUGUCCCAUGCUUGAAGGGAUAGUGAGCAAGCAUCUCCAGAAGGUGUUCAAGAAGGACAAUGGUCAAGCUCCUGCCUUACUCAGGAUCUUCUUCCAUGACUGCUUUGUUCAGGGUUGCGAUGGGUCGAUAUUGUUGGAUGGAAGUCCAAAUGAAAAGGAUCAACCGGCAAACAUAGGGAUAAGGCCAGAGGCUUUGCAGACCAUUGAAAAUCUUCGAUCUCUUGUUCACAAGCAGUGUGGAAGGGUCGUCUCUUGCGCUGACCUCGUUGUUCUAGCCGCACGCGAUGCUGUUUCUCUGUCAGGGGGGCCAAUAUUUCCCGUGCCACUGGGAAGAAAAGAUGGUCUAACUUUCAGCAUAGACGGCACAGGAAACCUUCCGGGACCGUCUUCCCGAACCGGCCAGCUCCUCGACAGAUUUGCCGGCAGAAACUUCGACGCCACCGACGUGGUCGCGCUCUCCGGCGCUCACACCUUCGGACGGGCCCACUGCGCCACAUUCUUCAGCCGCAUCAACCAGACGGACCCACCCAUCGACCCUACCUUGAACAACAACCUCAUCAAAACUUGUCCCUCUUCCCAGUCCCCCAACACGGCCGUGCUUGACGUGAGAACCCCCAACGUGUUCGACAACAAGUACUACGUUAACCUCGCCAACCGACAGGGUCUGUUUACCUCGGACCAGGACCUGUUCGGUGAUGCCCGGACUAAGGGAAUAGUUAACUCCUUUGCUGAAAACCAGAAACUGUUCUUUGAAAAGUUUUCAAAUGCUGUUGUUAAGUUGAGUCAGUUGGAUGUGUUGACCGGGAAACAAGGACAGAUUCGCGCCAAAUGCUCCGUCCCCAACAAGAAGAAGGUGGUCACCUCUGUGGUGGAAGAAGAGGGAGUGGAUUUAAGCGCUCAGAUGUGAGAUUAAUUAAGGAAUGUUUGUUUGUUAAUAAAUUAAUGACCAUGUUUCGUAGUAGACUAGUAAUGUGAUGUACGUCAGUUACAUAAAAGGAGUUUCUCCCGUGUUACUACCUGCAUUCCUGCAAUCCUUAAUUUCUAUGUUUAGAAUGUUUUUUAUGACAUGUUAUUGUGUUCAAGGACAGUUUUAUAAAAUGAGCCCCUCUUGGUUAAGGGUUUGGAUUGUCUCCA